AUGGGGAGACUAUUACUUUUUAUCGCUUUAAUGUUUAUUUUUCAUUAUGUUUCUGGACAACACACGCAUAAUCACCUUUGUGAAAAUAGCACAAAAAUAUCUCGCAGUUGUACAACUCAGAUACUAGGUGAAGAGUAUUCAGAUGAUGAUAGAUGCAAAGUUGAAUAUAUAGCACCAAACAGUUCAGAUUGCAUGAACAAUUUUGGUCCAAUAUCAUCAAAUUCUCAUAUUGGUGGAGUCAGUCUUAAACCAUAUAUCUUACCUCUGGUUCAUCGGGAUGAUAGAAGCUAUUAUUCUGUUAACUAUACUGUCCUCAAUAUAACUUUUAGUAACAUAAAAUGGAAAACUUUGAAAUUUCGGUUUCAAAAAUAUGACAAUAAAGAGAGUCACUGCAGGAAUAUUGUCAUUUCUAACGAUGUGACUAUAAAUGACCGAUCCGUUUUAUACUAUGACUGUUAUUGGUCUCUCACGGAUGGAAAUUAUAACGGUCAGAGCCACAUACUGGAUUUUGAAGCUACAGACGAUGUUGUUGUUAAUAGAGGUCGCUAUUAUUUCAAUAUACCAUCUGCUCAAAUGCUAAGUCCAACAAUAAAUGAGGAGGAUUGGAAACCAUUUGUUUAUAUUGCAAUUCUAACUAGUUCCAUGAAGUUAAACAUAAUGCCACCGCCUCAACAGCUGGCCCACAAAAUUAGUGCUUUUCAAAUAGACAUUAUGAGGAAUUGCGACAAAGAUAGUCAAUGUGAAGAGAAAGUUAAAAGUGUUUAUUUAAAAGUGGAAAAUUGUACUCGAGAAGUGACAUAUGAUCAUAGUCUUUUGAUUAAGGCUGGUUCAUACUACUUUGUUGUGAAACCGAUACAUGAAAUGUGUAAAAACAAUUUGGAUGGAUGUCAGUCGGUGAAAAGUCCAAAGAUUGUUAUCAUAGGCAGUGAAACUGGCACGAUAAACAUUUGCAUAGCGAGUGUGAGCGCGCUGGUGGUGGCCACGCUGUUCGCGUACUACGUGGUGCUGCGCGCCGUCCGGAGGUACUGGUGCAAGGAGUACGGACAGGAGGUACCGCCACCAACAAAAGUGUUAGUGAUAUAUUCUCCCGCUAACCGUUUGCACGCUGAGUGCGUUUCAUCCUUCGUCACGUAUUUACGUUCAGAAUACGGUUUCGACGUAAUGUAUGACGAUGAUAUAUCUAAAACUACCCACGGUGACCCAUACAUUUGGGCGGGUGAGGCUUUAGAAUUUGCAUCCCAUGUGAUUUAUGUUGUCGGUCCAGCUGAAAACUCCAAUUUAUACAAUAACAUAUACGACAAACCCAUCAUAGCACAUAAAGAUGUCGACAAAUUACUGCUUUCCCUAUUAAAACAAACUAGGGUCUCAAGAUGCCCUAAAGAGAUAAUGAACGUUUUCUUCGAAUAUUCCAACGGUCCGGUACCAAUUGAAACUAGGCACGAUAAAGUGUUUUUCUUACUAAAAGAUUGGCAGAAAUUAAUCGCUCAUUUGUCUAAAAAUUUGUUGCCCAAAAAGCAAAUAAUGCGAACGGAGAAAGGGCGUUGUUUCCUCGAUGACUUGUCUAGGGCCAAAAAGGUUUUGAACGGUCGGAACGAUGACGUCAUAGUUAGAUGUGAAAAGAAUAUAUUCGAAAAGAAGGUUUUAUUG